AUGUUCUUACAUUUAAAAUAUAUUAUCAUCAGUUCGGAAACAGGAGCACACUUACUCAUUCAAAUUAUUUUAUCAAAUAUUCAAAUAAAUUUGUUCUUAAGAAAGCGUGUCAUAAAUUUCUAUGCAAUUUUAGAUGAUUUUCAAAAUAUGGAUGCUUGGCGCAUUUUAAAUGAUAUUACGUUUAUAAGAUUAAAUCUAGAAUAUAUUUACAUGAAUGAAGAAGAUGAAUUCAUUGAAGAAGUAAUUAGACAACGGUCUUUAUUUGGAUUUAUUCUGGAAUAUAAUUUUCCAUCUGUUGAUGCUGCCCCUGCUUCACUUAAAACAAGAGUUCGUGUACACGCGAAGCACUUCAGUGGAAAUACUAUUCAUUUUCAACAUAAACGUGUUUUAAGAAUAAAAAUGGUUCCUGAAUUGGUCAAUUUAUGGAAGCGAGCACAGUUAUUACUAACAGUUUAUGCCAAAUUAAAUACUCUGGGAAAGUAUUCUGUGAAAAAAAUGGGAACCUGUCAAGUGCCUUUACACGACCUCACUAUUCCUCCUUUCAUCAUCUGUCGAGAUUUUUUGUUCCUUGGUGCUGGGUUUUCUGGUUCAGCUUUGAUUAAAAUUGACCUUGGUUCACAUGUACGACAGUUAAUGGAACGAUUAGAAUGGAUGAGACAUGAUACUCUACCACAAAUCGGUUCUGCUACUCGUGCUAGAUCAAGAUCGUGUAAAAAAGAAUUAGCUCCAACUUCUUGUCAGUUAACCCCAGUAAUUCCACAGCGGCGUGCCUUCUCAUCUUCUCCUCCUCCUCGCUUUUCGAAAAUCACAAAUCGAGUUAAGAUUGUUUUAGUGUCAAAGCCGGUUUCUCCACUAAAUCUCACUUACAGUAGUGCAUCGAACUCCUUAGUGCCUUCACCUGGUGUUUUGAAUGAUCCACAUAUACCGAUCCAAGGUCUCUGCCCAACCAGUCCUUCUUACCGGAUAAGACUCACUGUUUAUUCAGCUCGUCGCUUGCCGUUUGAUUUUAACUCCAGAAAAGAAGCUGUCGUGCCAGCAACUUACUUAACAGUGACUGGCGAGGAUGGAAGGACACUGAGCUCACCGAUACGUACGGGAACUUUACAUCCUGAAUGGAAUUGGACGGAAACAUUCAAUGUUUGUUUACUACUUAUCUAA